AUGCAAAUUGAGAUUCAGAAGCAGAAGAUUCUUCAUCUUGAGGAAAAAGCUGACUCUCUGACAGAUGACAGAAAUUUUCUCAGAUCAAGACUGGAGGAUGCACUUAAUCUGAGAUGUGAAGCUGUUAAUUCACCUGGACAGGCAUUGACAGCGUCUUCAUCCACAAUUGCUGCAACACAGAAAAAUGAGUCCAGUGAUGAAUCUUCUGAUUCCUCUGAAUCCUCAGAUUCAUCAGAUUCUGAACCUAGAGCAAAAAAGAAGAAACGGGAAAAAAAGCAUAAAAACAAGAAGAAAUCCAAGAAAAUAAAGGUUGAUUUGCGGAGAGUAAGAACCCCCGAAGACUCCAUCAAGCGGUACCACAGUGUUUUACAGCUCGUAAAAGGAGGCUUCAGCAAAGCUGAAGCUUACAACAAAAUGAAAGUGGACCGAAAUACAAUUGUCAUCCAAGCUCCAAUUGCAGAAUUGGCAACUGCUAAUCCUGAGGAGUACAAAGGUUUGAGAGCAACCUUUAAAAAGGGAGAAAGCAUUCAAAAGUUUUCGGAUCUUUGUCUUGCAAGGUGCCUGGUUCAGCAAAAUGUGGGUGUAAUUAAGAGUUUAAAAGAAAGCAGUGCCCUACUGGAUAUAUCAAAGAAGUGAGAUAUUCUAGUUACAAGUCUGAAAUGUUUGUAAAAGGAAUAGUUCACCCAAAAUGGUCCCCAUUGACUUGAAAAUAGUAAUUAUUACU